AGGCCCAGAAACCAGGAUAAGCAGCCAACAACUGGGACUGUGGGCAGCUGUCGAGACUUGCGUGUUUCAAUCCAGUUAGAGGCUGGUUAUCAUCCGAGUACUACUCUAUACCCUCGCUUUGAUGAAGGCCUUAAAGAUAGGGAUGUUUAGAAACAGGGGAAAAUGAAUCUCUUCUACUUAAUACUCCUUCUUGAUUUCUCCAUUGUUCUAGGUUAUGAUUGCGAUUUUGAGAUACCUUGUGAUUGGGAAUGGCAUAGUGAAAGUGGUUUCGGUGUGGCUACAGUUGCCAACUUCUCAACCCCUUCCACUCUAAGAGGUGAUGCUGACAAUAAUCCAAGUGGUCAUUUUCUUUACUAUCCCAUGGAGAAUGGUUCCGUCACACACAACAUCACUAGUCCAUGGUUCCCCAAUGGAAGCUUACCCAACUGUACUUUGGAGGUGUGGUAUCACAUGUACAACAUGGAUGAAGGCAUAAUAAAGAUUUUAGUUAAGAGUAACGAUAACAUCACGACGGAGGUUGGAAUUAUCUCCGGUAAUAACCAUACUACAUGGGAAAAACACGUCCAGACCAUCAGAUCCAUGUCAAAACCCAUCCAUCUUGUGAUCGAAAUAGUCAAUCGCAGCGAAGGAAUUUUUCCAAGUCACGUGGCUAUAGAUAAUAUCCGUUUCCUUCACUGUUUACCAAAGCAGUUGGAGGUUGCAGAGUGCAAUUCCCACUACUACUUAUGUCCUGAAGACGUCUGCAUCUACCGUCACCAAGUAUGUGACAUAUCCAAAGACUGUCUCAACGGAGAAGACGAACAAGAAGACUGCAAUCAGAUUCCACGUUCUGCUUUCUGUGAUUUUGAAACGGAUACGUGUAAGUGGACAGGAAACAGCACUCAGGAAAGUUCAAGCAUGAGUAAUUGGACAAGGCAAAGUGGUCCUGUAUCCAUUCGGCAAGAGAGAUUUGGACUUUAUUACGAUCAUACUUACAAAAACGAAAGUGGGCACUAUAUGUUUCCAAAAUAUAAAUCCCGCUACAGCUUUGGAACUAACAAUUACCUGAAUAGCGAUAUAUUUCAUCCUCCACCCAUAUACCACCGUACUAUCCAAUCCUCAUACUAUAACACGUGUCAGGUGAGAUUUUUUGUCUACAUUCACCGUAGAUCAUCUGUACCUCUGGUACUCAAUUGCGUAGUUUUGGAUCCGUUAUAUCAUAAUGGGCGAGUUAUACAACUAUGGGAUAAUAAAGGACACUUUGUAGAAAGAUGGGAGAAAAUAGUUUUGUCAAUUCCUGCCAUUAAGCACAGUUAUUACUUACAAUUUGUCGUCACUCGAAGCUUAAACAGUAAUCCAAUUGUAGCAAUCGACGAUGUUACUUUAAGUCCUGAAUGUUUUGGCAUAGGUAAGUACAAAUUGUGGGUAAUUUAAUUGUUAAGUAUAGACUUUUAUAUAAUAUUUUUCUUCGUAACGGUUACGCAAUAAUGUUUCCAGCAACAAUUAACACGUAAAUAACUUUUAAAAAAAAUCAAUUGUAUUCGUUUAAUUCUUGCGUAACAAUUGAAAAUAGAACUGUAAACUUGUUUUUCCUUAAUUAAAAAUUUAACGUUACGUAACAAUUACUUUCGCGUGAAAAAAAACA